UUUUUUUUUUUAUAGAUUACCUGCAAGGUGGUGGUGACCUUGUUCAUGUACUUUCUGGCGACCAAUUACUACUGGAUCCUUGUGGAGGGUCUUUACCUGCACAGUCUCAUUUUUAUGACUUUUUUCUCGGACAAAAAGUAUCUUUGGGGAUUUACACUGAUUGGCUGGGGAGUACCAGCUGUGUUUGUGACCAUCUGGGCCACUGUGAGAGCCACGCUUGCCGACACAGAGUGUUGGGACUUAAGUGCAGGCAAUUUGAAAUGGAUAUAUCAAGUGCCAAUCCUGGUGGCCGUGGUGAUUAAUUUUGUAUUAUUUUUGAACAUCAUCAGAGUCUUGGCAACAAAACUACGAGAAACAAAUGCUGGGAGGUGCGACACCAGACAACAGUACAGAAAACUCUUGAAGUCUACACUGGUGCUGAUGCCACUGUUCGGCGUCCACUACAUCAUAUUUAAUGCCAUGCCAUACACAGAGGUCUCUGGAAUACCGUGGUUGAUACAGAUGCACUACGAGAUGCUUUUUAACUCAUUCCAGGGUUUUUUAGUUGCAAUCAUAUACUGUUUUUGCAACGGAGAGGUGCAAGCCGAGAUCAAAAAGUCGUGGAGCAGAAGAACCUUGGCCCUUGACUUCAAGAGAAAAGCUCGAAGCGGAAGUAAUACUUACAGCUAUGGACCAAUGGUGUCACACACCAGCGUAACCAACGUCACUGCCAGAGGACCCCUGGCCCUCCACCUCACCACGAGGCUGGGACCCAUGCCUGUAAACGGCCACAGGAACCUUCCGGGGUACGUCAAGAAUGGCUCUGUCUCUGAGAACUCUGUGCCUUCCUCAGGACAGGAACUCCACAUACCUGAAGAGGAGCAGUCUGCACACACACGGCCCAGCGAGGAAGAGAAACCCACGGCUGUUGUGGAGGAGGAGAGGGAGACGGUCAUGUGACCUCCAGCGGACCCCGUGUAUAGCAAUGAGAAGAGGACAGACAAAUCAUGAGCGCUCUCAGGAUGGUCUGAAGGUGACGGCAUGAAUCAAAAGUACCAGUUCUUUUCCUCCUGUAAAACUGAGCCAGAACAAUGGAUAUUGAUGAGGCUCAAGGAGCAAAAAGGUGCAUUGCUCUUCCACGUUUCUCUAAGAGAUGAAGACGGCAAUUUCUUUAAGGCAAGAUCGGCUUUUCUCCUUUAUCCACCAUCUGCCACAGAGAAUGUGUAAAAGCCUAAAACAGGUUUAUUUCUUUGAUUUCACUGCCAUGACUGUUUUUUAAUAUAGUGCUCUGUUUGCUUACAUGGUAAAUGUUGUCUUUUUGUGUAUAAAUUAAGCAAAAGGUUGAUGGGAGAUCAGCCUUACUUACUGUACAUCAGCUGGGGAAAUACUCUUAAGUAAAAAUAAAUAAGAAAUUCUACUAUUUUAAGUCAUUCGUUCUUUGUGGCAUGGGCCAUAUUGGUUCUGCGUUGACUCACAUCUGUGUCAAUGUUUAAAAGGGAAGUUACUCAGGUAAUUAAAAUCCUUUGUUGUUGCACACAUUUUCAAAUUUUUAAGAGGUGUUUCAACAAAUUCUACGUCUCCUGAAUUCAGUCUCUAUUAAGCUUUGUCAGUUUCAUUUUCUUUGUCUUUUGAUUUGUUGUACAGUUUCUGCUGUUUUGAUCAACAUAGUAGUUAUCCUUCUAAUUACUGGAAUGAAUAUGAAAGAUUUAAAUGAAUGUAUACAUUCCCAAAUAUCCUGUUCCAAAAAAUGUGGGCACACUAUAUAAUAUGGACAGUACUUUCUAGGAACUUUCAUAGAAUGUUCCAGGUUCUUUUCUGGAACUUUUCUGGAACCUAGCAGGUGUUUUCCUUUAACCUACUGCGUAGUUUCCGGAAUGAAGCAUUAUGACAAGGUUGACUAAUAUUGGGGUGCUUUGCCCAAAAAAUUCCCCCCAAAAUCAAGACCCUUCAUGGACCUUAACUGUAACAUAUGGAUUUCACCUGUGACCUUUGUAUAACCUGCAUGAAACUUUCACGGUUCAAAGUACUAACUAGGUGCUUUCCAGGAACUUACUGGGUACUUACUGGAACUUGGCUGGGUUUUGGAGUGACUUAUAGUGUUGUAACUAAAAUGGAAGUUUGAUUAAAAUUAUCGGGGGGUUUUAGGAAUCAGACUUUACCUUAUCAGGUGCUUUCUUGGAACAUUACGUUAAUGGAAUGUGAAAGUUACUUGUCAUAGGUGUGUUUGUCAUGAAAGUUGCAUUUAAGCUACAUAAGUGUUCCAGAAAAAAAGAUCUUGUAGGUUCAAUGACAUUUGCACGAAAGUACCUUGUAGCUUUGAAUAAAGCACCAGCAAAGCACAGUUUCUACAGAGAAAAUUCGACAAAUGAAGCCCCCAGAAAUCAAAGUGUGCCAUUUAUACGGAAUACACAGAUAAAGCAAAUUGAUUUUCACAAAAGGCCUGGUAAUGUGCAGCUUGAGUUCAUUCAUAUUCAAGUCACAAUGUUUACAGAUCAAAAGUACACUCUAAUUGUGAGCUAAAUGUUGUAACAUGCAUAAAUAUGUAGAUGUGCUAUAUUUCUGCUCAUCUGUUCGUUGAUAGAAUGUCAGCAUUAUUUAUAGACUGGAAAGGGAGCUGGUGGGUUUAGUAGCAGGUGACAGAGAUUCAUGCUGUUAUUUUCUGACACAUUCCACAAUACAGUAAGCUCAAAUAAAACAGCAUGAAUUUCAGAGUCUGACAUAUUACUUAUUACUGUAUUAUACCAAAGAGAAAAGGCAUGAUAUGCCUUUAAAAAGUUGUAUACUUCAACAUAUCAUUGUAUUUACACCAAGUAUUUGUUUACCAUACAAAAUCCUCUUAAAAUAAAGUGAAAUGAAAAAAAACAGUACUAUUAAAGAUAAAUCUGAAUUUACCUCUAAUGUCAACUCUUGUGAUAGGAGCUUUCUACCAUAUUUUCAGCAUCCACAAAGCUGCAUUAGAGUCUAAUAUUAUUAAUGUCUUAGUUUUUCAGUACCUCUGAUGAAAUGUAUUUCAAUUCCUUUUCUAACUUUUAAGAAAUCUCUGUGCUUCAAUGGUCAUUUUGGAGGGAAACAGAAACUGCAAAGUAUUUUAACAAUGGGUGUUCAUU